AUGAAGAAUAUUAGUAAACUUAACAACAACGAUGAAGAAGGAAAUACCAUAAGAUCAUUAGGCCAUAAUGCACUAGUUGAAUUAUUGAAUAAUAAUAAUAAAGAAAUAGAAAAUGAAUUACACGACAAUGAAAAUGGUGUUAAUGAAAUAAAUUUAUUUGAAAUAAGUAAUUGUAUAGAAAAUGAAUCAAAUGAUAAAAAAAAGAAAGAAAUGAGAUGCUCAUCAACAAAAUUAUUAAAUAAAUUUUCUUAUAACAAAUUAAAUGAAAAUAAAAUAGAUACAUUAUAUUAUGAUAAUAAUUUUAAUGUCAUUAAAACAGAAUGCAUAAGACAUAAUUAUUUUAAUGCAAUAGAUAAAAAUAAUAUUUUUUUAUCUGACAAAGGUCAAAAAAUUUUCAUGAAUGAUAACAUUAAAAAAAAUAUGAAUAAUAACUUACUAAAAAUAAAUAGUAUGAAUCGAAAUAUAGCAUAUGAUGAUGAUUUAUAUAAUAUUUUAAAAAAAAAAAGGAAGGUUAAAAGUGAAAUGCUAGAAAAUAUUACAGCACCUAAAAAUGAUAUUCGAAAUGAAAAAAAAAAAAAAGAUUUCAUUUAUUUUAAUAUUGAAGAUACUGAAAGUGAAAAAAAAAUUACUGCAGAAAAUUGUAAUAACAUAAAUAAAACAAAACAAAAUUACAACGAAAUUUCUGAAAAAAAAGAAGAUAUUAUAGCAGAUAAUAAAGUAAAGAAUAAUAACAAAAAAAGUACACCAAAAACUAAAAAUAAUAAGGCUAUUUUAUGUGAUAUUGAGAAAACAACUUUGGAAAUAAAUGAUUUAUAUAAAACACAAGAAAAACUAAGUGAAGGAAAAAAUAAAAAAGAUAAUGAAAAUAAUAUUGAAAUGGACGAAUAUUAUGAUAUAUGUAGUAAUAAAGAUAAUAUAUGUAAUAAUAAAAUUAAUAAUAAUUCUUCAAAAAAAAGAGAGCAUAAAAACUCUAGUAUGAAUACUAAUAUUAUUAAUGAAAACAAAGACAAAAAAAAAAAUAUUAAUAAUCGUCAACAUAUUACUAAAAAAAAAGAAGUUUUAAAAUUAGACGAUGAUCAUAUAAAAAAGAAUGAAAAUAAUUUAAGAUUUAAUGAAGAAAAAAGCGAUAUGGAUAAAUGUAUUAUUAAAAAAGAAGAAUGUAAUUCCAUUACAGGUAAUGAACAUUUAGUAAAAAAUGAAAAUAUAGAUGAAAAUGUACUUAAAGAUGGUAUGAAGGAAUCAGUAAAUUCUGAAAGUUUUAUUUUUCUUGAUUUUAAUCCAUUAGAAGAGGAUUACCUAGAAAUUAAAAAUGCAUUAAAAAAUUACAAAAAGAACUAUAUUUCAUUAUACACAAAGGAAAAUAUUGAUCAUAAUUCUAAUUCUAAAAACGGUUUAAAAGAAACAUAUAUAAAGAAGGAAAAAGAGAAUACUCAUAAUUUAGAGCAAAUUAAUAGUUCUACAUCAUUUUAUAUUAAAAGAAAGUAUAAUGAUUUGAAAGAAACAUUAUUAAAGAAAAAAAUAAAUAUAAUUAAUUACGAUUUUAAAAAUAAUAUAUGUUAUGUACUGAUAAAGAAAAGUUCAACAUUAUAG